UGAGAACUGAACUAUAAGACCGGCUGGCUGGUUGGCCACACUCGCGCUGGGUGCGCUGCGAAGUUAAAUCGACUACGAAGCUGUCUCUCCUCUUUUAAAACCAAGAGAGCGAGCGACUAUACCGACCGACAAACAAACAUCUUCCCUCACAUGUUUUAUCAAACGCCAUUUUUUGUGCGUUUUUUCUUUUUUUUUCUUUUUUGGUGAAGGACUCCAGAGCUUCGGCGCAACCCGCGGCGACUUCUCCUUCACCGUGCUCGCCUGGAGACGGAAUAUAACGCUUUAAUGACAUUUUCACUCCCGGAUAAAGAAGCUCACUGAAUGAAACUUUAGACUUUGUCUUCUGGAUAGGUGAAGAAGCUCCGCUGUUUAUUUUUCUAUCUGUAGAAAAGGCGUGUUGUGCUGUGGACCGCUGUAUGGGACGCACUUAAAAAUGGUCGGUCACCUCAAGUUCCAGGUCGGGAGGUUAACAACGAUGUCAGGACUCGCUGGUUUUGGAAAAUGAUUGCUGGCAGCACCGACGCUAAAAUAAUGGUCAGAAGAUGUCUAGUAACGUUCAAACCGUUCAGGAUAUUCGUGGUGGGAAUAGGCUUCUUCAGCCUGUGUUUUCUAAUGACCUCUCUGGGGGGGCAGUUCUCAGCAAAGAGACUGGGGGACUCCCCCUUUACCAUCCGCACAGAAGUGCUGGGAGGCGUGGAGUCACGUGGUGUGCUGAGGAAGAUUAGCGACAUGUUGGAGGUGAUUCUGAAGAGGAUGGACAGUUUGUCCAAACUCGACAACACCUCCACCACUGACGCAAGGCGCCUGGAUGAGCUCAGCUCUGCCAUAAACAGGUUUCAACCAGCCAGCCUGGUGGAGAGGAUCCAAGCUAUCGCCCAGAAUGUCUCUAACAUGGCCAUCAGGGUGGAGCAGAUAUUGCAAAACAGUAUGGUGCAAGGCAGAGUAUUGAGAGAUGGGUCGUCAAGUCAGUGUGAAGUGCCGAGAGACCCUCGCUUCCCAGAGUGUCCUGGAAAAGUAGAUUGGAUGCGUGCACGGUGGACAUCAGAUCCUUGCUAUGCCUUCUAUGGUGUUGAUGGUUCAGACUGCUCUUUCCUCAUCUACCUGAGUGAGGUGGAGUGGUUCUGCCCCCCACUGGCCUGGAGGAACCACAGCAGCCCCCCUACCCAGCAUACACAGCCAGCAAAGUCCCCCAAGAGACAAGCUGCCUUCCGUACAGACCUCUCUGUGUUGCUGGACCAGGUUGGGACAGGUAAGGAGUCCCUCAGCUUUAUGAAGCGGCGAAUCCGGCGACUUGCACAACAGUGGGCAACAGCUGCCAAUCGUCUGGAUGCCAAAUUGGAGCAACAGUGGAGAGACCAGAAGAAGAUCCUCGUUCAUGUAGGCUUCCUAACUGAGGAGUCUGGAGAUGUUUUCAGCCCAAAGGUGUUGAAGGGAGGGCCUCUAGGUGAAAUGGUCCAAUGGGCUGAUAUCCUCACUGCACUUCAUGUUCUGGGACACAACCUCAAGAUCUCCAUGUCUGUCAAGGAACUUCAGGGGUUCCUCGGCGUGCCCCCAGGCAGAGGCAGUUGCCCACUCACUGGUCCAUUGCCCUUUGACCUCAUCUACACAGACUACCAUGGCCUGCAGCAGAUGAAGCAACACAUGGGGCUCUCACUCAAGAAACACAAGUGUCAUAUUCGAGUGAUUGACACCUUUGGCACGGAGCCUGCUUAUAAUCACGAGGAGUAUGCAACUCUGCAUGGCUACCGGACCAACUGGGGCUACUGGAACCUCAAUGCAAGGCAGUACAUGACUAUGUUCCCUCACACACCAGACAACUCAUUCAUGGGCUUUGUUUCGGAGGAGCUGAAUGAGACGGAGAAGAGGAGCAUCCAACAGAACAAAGUCAACAACAUGGCUGUAGUGUAUGGGAAAGAAGCCAGCAUGUGGAAGCUUCAGCAGGGUAAAGAGAGUUUCCUCCAGAUUCUCCAUAAAUACAUGGAAGUCCACGGCACAGUCUACUAUGAGACCCAGAGACCUCCAGAGGUCCCAGCCUUUGUGAAGAACCACGGCCUGCUGCCCCAGCACGAGCUGCAGCAAUUAUUGCGGAAGGCCAAGCUCUUCAUUGGUUUUGGUUUCCCAUACGAGGGCCCGGCCCCUCUUGAAGCUAUAGCCAAUGGUUGCAUUUUCCUCCAGCCCAAGUUCAACCCACCCCACAGCUCACUAAAUCACGAGUUUUUCCGAGGCAAGCCCACAUCUAGAGAGGUAUUCUCCCAGCACCCGUACGCGGAGCAGUACAUUGGCCGACCUCACGUCAUGACAGUGGACUACAACAACUCUGUGGAGUUUGACUCUGCUAUCAAGGAAAUCAUGAGGACCAAGGUCGAGCCUUAUCUGCCUUAUGAAUACACCUGCGAGGGCAUGCUCGAGAGAGUGCAUGCAUACAUACAGCAUCAGGAUUUCUGUGCCCCAGAGCCUCCCUUCAUUCCAGCCAACCUCUCCAGAAAGGGGUCUGCUGGUGGCAGCAGGAUGAUGGGACCUCUGUUUGUGCCCCUGCCCAACACUACAGCUCUUGGCUGGGCAUCCAAUGUGACAGCUCCCUCUGCCUGGCCUCCUCUCAGCUCCCUCAGGCUGCUUGUAUCUCAAGAGGGCCAGUCUUGUGUGGACGCCUGCCAGUCAGCUGGUUUCAUCUGUGAACCCGCUCACUUUCGCUUCAUCAACAACAAGGAGGCUCUGCGCAGGUUGGACGUACAGUGUGAAGUUGUAGACUCUGAGAUUAACCACAUCUUGCCAGCCUUCUCGGUGGUGCGGCAGGAGUGUGGCCUUCAGAGGGAACCGCUACUCUUCAGCUGUGCAGGACACUCCCCUAAAUACAGACGUCUUUGCCCCUGCAGGGACUUCCGCCAUGGGCAGGUGGCGCUGUGCAGAGACUGUCUAUAAUGACAGAACACGUGAA